GUGGCUUUGCAGACAGACAAGCAGCAAUUCACACACACAGAGACAGUCACGCAAGGCAUGUACUAAGCACGCCCGACUGAAUGUGCGAAGCCGCCGUGAAUGCUUAUCAGCAUCGAGUGCACUUGGUCGAGCUGCACAAGAUGUCGACGCACAUUCAUGACAUGGGCGGCUCGGUUGGUUGCCGUCCAUCGAUACGUUGCGCCCACACUAGUGCGUGCCAGGUGUGAGUGUCACGACCAGACUCGUCAAGAAACAACGCAUCCUGGCAGCACCGUAACAUCGCUCGCAAAAUCCUAUGUACACAUGCAUGUAUCGCAACUCGAGCCACAAGACGCGGGCGGGCUCCUUCUCAAGCACGUCCACGCACCCACACAACGCAAUACAACACAAUACAAUGCAAUGCACACAUGUGAGUCGCUGCUACUCAUGGCUACUGUCUUCUCCUUCUCUCGUCGAUGUUAUUUAUCAUUGCUCGUACUCGGUGUGCAGCACCUCCACGUCGUCAAUCUGGAAGUGGUAGCUGCCUCCCAGCACCGCGUCGCCGUCAAACGUGUCAGACACAGCACCCUCGUACCCAUCCGGCACCUGACAGACAGACAGACACCCAUACACACACCAUGCCAAUAAAUACCCUGUGUGGUGGCCUCCUUGCCUCCUUCCUUGUUGAGCUGCCUACGUCGUAGUGUGCGAUGCCCUGCAGGCAGCUGCGGAGGUCCGUCGACUCAUCCGCGCCGUCGCCCGCAUUGGCCAUCGUGUGUGCGAAGCGGAGGUACCCGUUGGUAAGUCGGUAGCUCUGGUGGAGCGCCUUGCCGAUCACCUGCUUGACACAUGGCGAAUUCAUUGACGGCAUCCAUCGUGUAAGAUCUUCUCCUACCAGCUUGGCCUUGCCCAUGUUAGCCGUGUCAAACGCGUCAGUGCCCGCCACCCACACACGGUGGCGGUUGGCGGCGAUGGGAAUCUUGGUGCAGCCCUCAUCAAAAUGACCUACACACACAUACGCGCACACACGCGAUGCUAUCGGUGCUGUGAAGCUUUGGCCGUGUGGCUGUUUCUGGAUGGAUGGAUGGACCCACCUUCGAGUGAGAAGAAGAAUACGGGGCAUUCGUAGGUGUUGACCGUCGUGGAGUCGGCCGGGGGCGUCAGACCGCCAUCGACAUGGCAGCCGAAGAGGUACUCGUCCUUGCGAAUGAUGAACGCGAGGCCCUUGGCGUCACCCACACACUCGAGCAGCUUGCUCAACGCCCAACCGUGCUCUCCACCUCUGCAUCAGACACAGGCACACAACACGCAUCAGUGUGACCACUCCACCUGCUGCCCACUUUCCCCUUCUCUCUCGCUGCAUGACCCAUCUCACUCACGCACCUGUACAGAACUCUCACACUGGCCACCUUUUUGCUGUCGACCAUGCGGACCACAUCCAUGAGCUGCGAUGCGGAUGCCAGGCUGGAGGGGUUGGCCAUGAGGGAGGCGCCCAGCUUGAGCAUGGGCUCCAGCGUCAUGCCGCAGCGCUCGACGACGAACUUGAGCGAUCGGUUGAGGGGGCGGGGCGCGUGUGGGGGGUCGAUGACGGUGCUGGGCGCGGACAGUCGCUGGCGGCGGGCGAAGUCGAUGGCGCUCUGGAAAUGCGAUGGCGAGGUCUCAGUCACGUCGCCUACCCACCUGCAGGAGACACACACGGCACACAACACAAUACAAUACACCAAAUGGACGGAAUUGCCCCUCCCUCAUUUGUUGCCUGCCUCCCUCUCCUCCGUUGUUCUCGUACGUGGUGUUGAAUCGAUGGUGCAGUGCCCGGUGAAUGUUGGGCUGCGUCAGUGUGGCCUCGACCGUCGCACACAGGUGGGACCGCACCCUCACACACAUGACCUCCCCCGUCCCACCCGUCGUGAGGUAGCCCCCUAUCGUCUCGUACAACUUGGUGACGGCCGCCGCGAUGCGCUGCGUCUUCUUCAGGGCGCUCCUAAAUGCAUCGGCCGUGCUCUCCAUGCCCGCAUCCCUCGCCCACCGGAGGAACUGCCGCUCCUCCACCCCCUCCCCCGCAUCCUCCCCCGCCGCCUCGGUCUCCAUCUCCUCAUCAUCGUCAAGCACCAGCUUGUUGUCGAUCAGUGCCUCGUGGUAGAACCGGAUGGACACAUCCUCACUCUCGUCACCCGUCAGGUCGGUCACGAACCGCCCGUCGCCUUGCGCCAUGGCGGCGCGGUCCUCCAACCACAAACCGAACGACGGACUGGCGUCCAGGAACGGCAGCGGGCGGCCGUCGGGUGUCGUCUGCUGGGCCUGAAUGAUCCGGGGGAGGGCGUCGGUGUGGCUGCAAACAUAACAAGUAGUGACAUAGAAAACGAUGAGCCUCUCUCCACACCAUUAUGUGGACGUACCGGAGCAGCAGGAUGGAGCAGUAGGUGUCGCGGAUGCCGUCCAUCUUCAAUGCGUCGGCGCCAAUGACCACCGUGCGCCCUCCAACGUUCACGUACAUGUCCCCCGUCACCGCUUCAAGUGCGUUGUCGUCGAAGAGCGUGCCUCUGUGUCGGCCGAUCUUGUCUGCGAUGCCAUCCACGACGCUCUUGACCUGGCUCAUGCCGUCGGCUGAUGAGGACGCUGCCGAACGGGAGAGGGCCUCGCUGAGGGAGGAGGAGGCCUGCUGGGCGGUCUGGACAGAGGAUUGCAGGAUGCUGUUGAGUGAUGACGCCAUCUUGUAGGCGAGUCUGACUGGAGCUCGGAAAUUUGCAAUCGCAGGAUCACAGACGACGAUGGCACUGCAGAAAGACAAGCUGCACUUCGAGAGCCC